UAAAUCCAUUUUAAUCCCACUUUGUAACACAACACAAUGGUGAAAAAGUCAAGUGUUGUGAAUACUUUGUGUGUAGGACAGUGUGUUAGAUGAGGGAAAUACGCUAUAGAAUCUCAUGGAAUGACUGGCAGUCACGGGACAGUGUCUGAGAAACAGUGAGUCAGGUGAGGAGACAAACAUAGAAUCCUCCCUGCAUACUCUAUCCUUAACACAGCAGUCUCAGCAUGGACACCCAGUCACUCUGCAGAAUGGUGAAUCUCCUAUUGUGUUUCAUGGAAGUCCUGGGCGCUGCUUCGAACGAUGACGGCUGGUCUAUGAAGGUUCAGGCGGAGGUGCGUGCCAUGGAGGGCUACCCAGUGGUGCUGCCUUGCUCCUUCACCCACCCCCACCACAUGCUGCACUCCUCCCUGCAGGUGGUGUGGCGGCUGGGCCACGGCCAGGGCUCUACGGUGCUCUACCACUGCUCCUCUCCCACUGGGGCCAGGACCUGCCAGCCAGGCCCUCAGCAGGACCAGCGUUAUCGCCUGGAGGGGAAUCCCCGAGAGCACGACCUCUCCUUGCGCAUCAACAGCGCCGCCCUGCAGGACAACGGACGCUACUACUGCCGUGUGGAGGUCCCCGGACACGCACACGCCAGCUACGAGGAUAAGAUGGGCACACGGCUUAGAGUGGAGGCUGCCCCACGAAUCCUGGGCCUGUCAGUGGAGGGCAGUGAGGAAGCUGGCUACAGGGCUCAGUGUCGUGUCCAGGGCUCUCCCCUAUCUGACGUCCAGUGGCUGGGGCCUGACCAGCUCAUGGAAGGCUCCGACAUCUCUCCCCUCUCCCAGGAGUCCCUCGAGCAACAUUACACCACCAGUCAGCUCCGGGAUGUCCUCCCUGGGCAGCAGUACACAUGUAGUGCCUCCAACCCCCUGGGGAAGGACCAGGCCACCCUGUACAUGCUGCCCCCCAGGCAGGUGCAGGUCUCUGGGGAGGCCCCUCCGCUGCUGCUCCUGCUCUCCCUCUCCCUGGGGUUCAAGGUGCUCCUGCUGCUCGGGGUGGUAGUCUGGCUGCCGCAGGGAGGAGGCCCAGCAUGGCUCAGAUGCUGGUUCAAAUGAACCAGUUUUAACUUCUCAUACAUUUUUCCAUUUGUCUUCAAUAAAUAAUACAUUAUGGACCUAUUUGUAUAUAAUUCGAUCCCACCUCAUUCCCUACCAAGGGUUUAUAUGUAAUGAAUAGAGUGUAAAUCAUUAGUUUAUUGUUUAUGAAUCUAACUCAUUGGUUGAAAUGUUGUGAUCAUCUAACUAUUUGUCAAGCCUCAAAAUGGGGGCUACACACAAAACCUCUGUACAUUUAAAGGUGAGGAUGGUAUAUUUAUUGUGGUUGUGGUGGUUUAAAGAAUACAGCACAAGCAUAGCUUGUUCUACAAAUAUGCCACAUUUAAUGUAAUAUAACAAGACGCUGCCAUGUGGGGAAUAGUACUCCAGGUGUCUCGUUUCAGCAGGUUUUUAUCUUGUUCUUGAUACCUUGUCUUGUUGAGGCAUUUUGACUGAUUUCACAUCUAUGCUAAUAUGGCUAAAAUUAGCUAUCUAGCUAACCAAUAACUGUAACAAUGUAUUUGAGAGACAAGUGCUCAUUGUGCAAAUGUAUUUUAUUUUUUUAUAAACAUUGAGAUUAAAUAGUUUACAUGUUGUCAA